AUGGAUCUUGCCAGGCUACUUUGUGCACUUGGGCUUUUAGUUUUGGUUCUGCCUGAGCAACUGAAGGCAGUGAAUGCUGGGGCUGUUGGCGGUUCUAGGAGUUGUGGGUUUCCAGCAGUAUAUAACUUUGGAGACUCAAACUCUGAUACAGGGGCAAUCUCAGCAGCCAUAUCUGAGGUUCCUCCUCCAAAUGGUGAAAGCUUCUUUGGACAUCCUUCUGGCCGCUUUUCUGAUGGUCGUCUUAUUAUAGAUUUCAUAGCUGAGAAAUUGCAGUUACCAUACCUCAGUCCAUACCUGGACUCACUUGGGACCAAUUUCAGGCAUGGUGCAAAUUUUGCAACUGGGGGUUCAUCUAUUAGGCCGGGCGGCUACAGCCCAUUCCAUCUUGGCAUUCAACUUUCCCAGUUCAUAAGAUUCAAGUCUCACAGCAUUGCUCUCUAUAAACAACUUUGUUCAAACAGAAGACUUCCUAGGCCGGAGGACUUCUCGAAAGCUCUGUACACAUUUGAUAUUGGUCAGAAUGAUCUCGCCUACGGUCUUCAACACGGGACGGUAGAAGAAGUUAGAGCCUCCAUUCCUGCAAUCCUGAACCAAUUGUCCCAAGCAAUCUCUCAACUAUACAAGGAAGGGGCAAGGUUUUUUUGGGUGCAUAACACAGGCCCAGAUGGGUGCUUGCCCUAUAGUGUCAUCUAUGAUCAAUCAAAGCCUGUCAAUCUGGACCAGAGUGGCUGUGUGAAGCCUCUGAAUGAGGUGGCUCAGGAGUUCAAUCGGCAACUUAAGGACAGCGUAUCACGGUUAAGAUCAGAGCUCCCUCUUGCAGUAUUUACAUACGUCGAUGUGUAUUCAGCUAAAUAUGCACUGAUUAGCAAUGCAAAAAGUCAAGGUUUCGUUGAUCCAUUUGACUUCUGCUGUGGCAGUUACUAUGGCUACCAUAUUGACUGUGGAAAGAAAGCCAUAGUGAAUGGAACCGUCUAUGGUAAUCCUUGUAAAAAUCCAUCAAGGCAUAUUAGUUGGGAUGGCAUACACUACUCUCAGGCAGCGAACCUGUUGAUUGCCGAGCGCAUUCUCAAUGGCUCAUUCUCCAACCCCCCAGUCACAGAGGCUUGUCGUCUCUCCAAGAAUGUAUGA